CACGGCCCCCACUCGCCGGCCCGGGCGGACGAACCAUGACGGCCGCCAUCGCUCAGGGCGCUACGGUGACGGUCGCGCUCCCCGCCGCCGUCGUUCGCCCGCCUCGCAUCGCGGCUUCGCGCCGCGUCCAUCGUCGCGCCGAUCGUCGUCGAGUCCCGCUCGGACGGAGGCCCACCGUCGUCUCCGCAUCGGCCGCGUCUUCGUCCGCCGACUCGGCCGCGAACCUCCGUCCCCUCCCGCAGACGUGCGCCGAGCAAGUCGCGCAGGCUGCCGAGAUCAUCCGCGCCGCCUCCUCCCCGCAAAACGGCGGCCACAUGCGCCAGCGCAUCCAGCUCUUGCUCCCCGUCAACCAGCGCAGGAACGAGUUCACGUCCGUGGAGUCCGACGACUACCCCGCCAACGACGCCGACGUGUACAAGGCGGCGAUGGAGACGGCGUCCGCCAUGAUCCGCGCCGUGGACCCCGACGGGGGAGACAUGUCCGCGACGCGCGUCGACAACGACAACGACCCCGUCGGCGUUCUGGCCAACGCGGCGGGCACCGUUCGAGCCCUCGUCAUCCCAAACGCGCAGAACCUUCAGACGCUGCGCGACCUCGCCGCCCUCGGCGACGCCAACGGGACGCAGAUCACCCUGCUCGUGAACCCGCAGUGGAACGAGCGCGGGCAGAUCGUCAGCGACUUCGGCGUCGGCCCGUGGAAGAAACGGGCCACCGACUUUCUGUCCACGUUUGAGCCGACGUAUUCGCUCGCCGAGUACCGAGUCGGCGCGGCGGCGACGAGGGACCCGGCCAGGGGUGGAGACUACAUGGGCGUCGGCGGCGUCGCGAGGGUGCUCAAGACCCACGGGGGUGGGUGGCAGACGUUCGCGAUGGGCGCGGACGGCAGCAGCGAGUGCGUGGUUUCCGACGCGUCCGAACCCACGUAUAACUACCUCGAGAAGGAGGUCUUCACGCGGUUCGAGUACUCGCUCGCGGGGCGGCGAACGGGCGCGGGUCCGUCGCUUGAGGCGCGGUUGGAGCAAGUGGCGAGUGAAGCGGCCAAGACACCCGGGGCGAUCGACUGGUCCAUCGCGAGCACCGCGGAGAUCACCGCCGCGGUCAGGGCGGAGGCGAUCGCGGCGUCCGACGUGGACACGCUGUCAAAGACGGGGCUGAGAACCGCGCUCGGCGCGAUGGGUCUGCCGACGUCCGGGAAGCUGGAGGCGAUGCGCGAACGGCUACGGGAGGCGCUGCUGGGGGAGGACAAGGACCAGUGGGACUGAAGAGGGAGCGGAGGUGGUGGUUAUUGUAGUGUUACUGUGUCGUCGUC